UCUUUAGCUUUUUUUAUGGGGGCGUUGGGGGAGUGGUUUGGUGGAAACUUUUUCAAAUCUCUUACCUCGAUGGAAAUGUGAUUAUUUUCUGUAUCGUAUCUCCUUCCACACUGCGGCCUGACAUCGAGGAGUUGGCGGCCUUUGCUGGAGACCGACUUCGAGAGCUCCGACUUCGGGAGCCUAUGGAGCCUGUGAUCCCUUUGCCAGGGAUCGACCUCUGAGCUCUGCCGCGGGAGCCUGCGGACUUUAACAUCAUGGACCUCGUGGUCUCUGGUAAACUCCAAGCCACUUUGACCGCUCCGACACGAGAGCAUCGACUGAUCCGACGCGGGAGCUUCGAUCGCCCCAAUGCAGGAGUUUCGAUCGCCCCGAUGCAGGAGUUUCGAUCGCCCCGACGCGGGGGCUUCGACUGCUGACUGCGGGAGCUUCGAUUGCCCUGAUUGCUGGAGAAAAAUGAGGAAAGAAGAUUAGUGAGGAAUGUGGGGAAUCCGCUGUGGUGGAUGUUUAUGUUAACUUUUAUGUAAUGUGUCUUGCUGCUUUUUUAGUAUGGCUGUAUGGUAAUUCGCAUAUCACUGUACCUUAAUUGGUACACGUGACAAUAAAAGACCUUUGAACCCUUCAAAAUAUAGAAGUUGAGAUGUUAUGUUACAGUUAUACAGGGCCAUAUUUGGAAUAUUGUGUUCAGUUAUAGUCACCCUGUCAUAGGAAAGAUGCCAUUAAGCUGGAAAAGGUGCAGAGAGAUUUAUGAGGAUGUUGUCAGAAAUGGAGGGCCUGAGCAAGAGGGAGAGAUUGGGCAGGGUAGGACUUUAUCUCUUGGAGUACAGAAGACUGAGGGGUGAUUUUCCUGGGGUGUAUAAGACCAUAAAGGAAAAGAUAAGGUGAAUUCACAGAGGCUUUUUUAAAAAUCAAGGUAAGGGAUCAAAAAGGGCUGAGAGGGCUAAACGCGAGCAAAAUGGACUAGCGUAGAUACAGCAUGGACAAGAUGAGCCGAAGGGCCCGUUUCCGUGCUGCAUGACUCUAUGAGACUCUGACCACAGUGAAUGCAGUACAUUCAACAAUAUGCCGAGUUUUAUAAAGGAAGUUAAAAAAAACUGUUCCCACCGGCGGGUGGGUCCAUCACCAUUGAUUGACGAUAACUUGUAGGAACAAGGUGAUUUUUAUGUAAUACAGCGAUCAGUAGUGGAAGUGGAUAUAUAUUUGGAAAUAAUCGCUGUUGGUCAAUGAGUGAGUCUCACUGCGUAGCUCAUUCUGUGUCUUCGCAUGCAUUAUUGGACUGGCAAGCCCUUUCACCGGGAACUGUGUGUGCUGCUAAACAACGUUAGACGUGAAGAUUCGGGUGAAGGGAAAGACGCGACGUUGUUUUGUUAUUUCAUCCUCUUGAGCUUUCGCCGGUGUUACAUUUUGAACGCAAGUGAAGUGGGGGGCUCCUUAUCGCCCGUGGUGGUCACUCACUGAGCGUGUAGAUGCGGGACGGGAGGAGUUUGUAAACACGGAGACAAGGGGAUUGAUUCCUCUGCCGCUCGGUGACUGGGUGCUGGCAGCAGUCUGGAGGUGAAGCUCUCUUGUUCCCAGGGACUGCGGGAGGGACGGGAACCCCGCACAACGCCCCGACAAGGAGCUGCUUCAGCCUGAGGGUCAUUGAACAUCGCUGAUGUCACUGCAGGAAGGACGGGGCGCCCCGCGUCUCACUCCACCCGCCGGGACUCCCAUCUGAAGGAGCAGCUGACAGCAGCCCAGCACAAGUAUCGCUCACUCUCCCGAGCCGCGCCAGUCUCCAGGUGAAGCAGACGCAGGGUCGUCACCCUCUCAUCGCCCCUUCUGCCAGCCCGGGGACAGAGAUGGUCGCUGGGUCAAGCAGAGACGCGUCCCGGGCAGUGGGGAUGUCGGAGCAGGAGUCCUGAGCGCCGACAGCCCUCGCCUGUGAUGAAGGAGGCGAGGGGGUGCUGCCUGAACAGCCGAGGGGUUUCGGAAGGAGAUGGUCGGGGGGAUCGGAGCGUUGGAGAGGAGGGCUCCUGUUUAUGGAUGUGAUUGAGGGGUCCUGAUGUCUACCUACCUGAUGAUCUGUGCGAUCCUGCACUUGGGAGUGGAAGUCAGUCUGGCCGUUAGGCACGGACCGUGCACAGAUUUACAGCCAUUGGAUCUCCUAUCAGAAAUUGCUGAAGCCUCUCGAAUGGAGAUAUAUGGAGUCAGGAUGGUCCAGGAACAAGGAGUCCGUGGGCUGCGAUUCAAUAAGGAUAUGAAGGCAGUCAGCUUCUCCGCCUCUCUCAUCUUCAAGGUCUGCCAUUACUUCCCAGCUGAAUUCUCCAUUGUUCUCACCCUGAAAGUGAACAGCUUGAGAUUAAAGACAAACGAAUAUAUCUUCACAUUGCUCCAGGAGAACUUAAACCACAUGCUGCUGGGGCUGAGGAUCUCUCCUGACAAGGUCCACCUGGAGUUUGCCCACAGCGACCUGUCCAACAGCAGUAAGAAGCGGAUAUCAUUCCAAGAUGUCUACCUGGCUGACCGCCAGUGGCACACCUUGGUGCUGGCUGUGUCGGCCAACUUUGUAUCUCUCAUCGUGGACUGCUGCCCUCCCAUUGAAAUGUAUAUGGACGUUCCCUUUCCAGAAUAUUUAAGCACGGCAAGAUCUCGAUUUUACAUUGGGAACCGGAGGCGACGGAAGGCACUGUUUACAGGGUUACUGAGGCAGCUGGUGCUGUUACCGGGAUCUGAUGCCACCCCAAGGAUCUGUCCAAGUCACACUCCCAGACUAGCAGCAAUCUCCAUCCCGAAGAUACUGACGGAGCUCCCGCUCCGGCCCUUGGACAACGACAUUUUGAAAUACCCAUACGAAGCAGAAGUGAAGGUGACGGUGGGGAACCAUCCUCCCUGCACCGAGACUCAAGUCAGCCGCCUCUGGUUUGAUGUCUUCAACAAAGGCUUCUUUAUUUGCGAUGGGAAGAAUUGGGUAUCAAUCUCAAAAGCUAAAAAGAGACUUGAUUAUGUCGAAGAUUAUCAAAAUCUUGUCACCAACUCGGAAACACUUGAUGUUGAAAUAUUUGAAAUCCCCAAUGUUGGGCUCUUUGCUGCCACAGCCAAUAAGAAGCCUCACCCCGGAUCGACAAUUUUUAAGUGGUUGAAGGGAAAAUUUGAACCGUAUCAGAACAUCACAACAUAUGAAGCCCAAGCAUGGAAACACUUCUCCAUUGGUCCUCAGGUCUUCUUGGUGGUGGCCAACUUUGAAAAGAAUGAACAGAACCAGGAAUAUUCGGUUAUCUACAGGUGGAGCCGAAGGAAGAUGCAGUUUAUGAUGUACCAGAGGUUAGCGACCCACAGUGCCCGGGACUGGGAGGCCUUUCAGAUCAACGGGGAGACCUUUCUCGCUGUAGCCAACCACCGUGAAGGAGACAACCACAACAUUGACAGUGUUAUUUACAAGUGGAAUCCCAAGUCACACCUAUUUGAAAGAAACCAGACGAUUCCCACUUCAGGAGCCUACGACUGGGAGUUCUUUACCAUCGGACCAUAUUCCUUCCUAGUUGUGGCGAACACCUUCAAUGGGACCUCAACCCGGAUCUACUCACGAAUUUACAUCCAACUGGAUGGAAUGUUCCGACUUUUCCAAUCAAUGCCUACAUAUGGUGCUACAGACUGGGAGAUUUUCCGUGUUGAAGGACGAAUCUUCCUCGCAGUUGCCAACAGUCAGAGCUAUCAGACAGGGGCAUCAAACGGAAUCAACUCCUUCAACAUCAAUUCCACCAUCUAUGAACUUAACAUCACCGCCCAGAUGUUUGUCAAGUUUCAGGACAUCCCGACAUACAGUGCAGUUGACUGGGAGUUCUUCACAGUGGGCGAUGACAGCUUCCUGGUUGUGGCAAACUCAUUUGAUGGCUCCAAGUUUUUUUUAAACAGUGUUAUAUACAGGUGGCAGGGUUUUGAAAGUUUUGUUCCGGUCCAUCAUCUCCCAACGUAUGGCUGUACAGACUGGGAACAGUUCAACACAGACGAAGGUUCAUAUCUCAUCUAUUCUAGUGCGAAGGAACGGAUUUCUAAGGUGCUUAAACUGAAGGUCUAUUGACCCAAGAAUUAACGUGGCCAAAGCUUCACAGAUCAAGAUGGAAUGGAAAACUCGUGAACAUGAGGACCAAUCACUCCAGGGAUUUUAUAGUGGAACUAAUUUACCUCCGUGAACCAGGUUUUAUGUCAAGAAAGACAAUCCUGCAUUUUUGUGCGCAUUGGGUACCUUGUUUGGUAGUGUUAUAGAACUAUCGUAAGAGGAGAGAGAGAGUAUGCUGGAGAAAAUCUGGGUCUGGAAGCUAUUCUACGGUCAAGGAUGCAGGAGUUUCAAAUAACUUUCUUUUACAAAUGUGUUACUUUGUUUACUUCCCAUGUGACCACAUAUCAGUGUCAGGAAAAACUGGCUGAUUGCAGACUUACCUUUCGAUGAAAGAAGGUCGACAUAGAUCAAUCAUUUCAGAGAAUCUUCCUGGACGGAAAAAGUAUUUCUUCUAAGAGCAUUCUCCAUUUUUUUUAAAAUGUUUUGCACAUGUCCUCCCCAACACAGUGUUGACGCACCGGCGAGCACUAAUAGGUUGGAUUUGGAGGGAAUAGGGGAGCCGGACUCCCCAGUGCCAUUGAUUCAGCUCUCCAUAAAAUGCAUCAAGCUACUCUCCGCCAAGCAGAGCUGCUUUGCUGAGGUUGCUUUAUUUAAGAUCUCAUAUACGAUGGAUAAAGGUUGUCAAGGGAGUCCCAUCACCAACAAUCAAUGAUAAAUGUCUCAACUUUCAUUUAUAGCAAGUCCAAAAUAAAGGUACAUCUUGAAAGCAAAAAUUAGUUCAUUCGGAAGGUGAGGAGCCCAGAUUGGCGUCUCUCACUACAAGAGUUCAUUGUGGAUGACACUGGAAGGACAAUGGGAGAGGCAACAUACCCACUACCUUUGAAUCUCAAUAGUGUUUACAAUGUAUGGAACUGAAGAAACCUCUGCCAUUCCUAAGCAUCGCCUUGCGGCCUGUUUGCUAUAUCAUUGGAGCUAUUCUUCCAAAGGAGAGACUGGAUGUGGACUGACACUUAAAACUGUAAUUUGGUUGGAAUUCUAAUCAGUUUCUAGGAUUGCACUGGAGAAUUAUACAACACAGAACAUCAAAAGACUGUUUCAAGUUCUAGCCCAGGUGCAGCUCGCAGAUCAGUUAUUUGAUUCAAUCUAGUGAUAAUGAUAUGGGUGAAAGUGGAACCCAGUUUUUACAUGGAAUUGCAGAAUGCACCAAAGACAAGUCUCCUCAAAAUGCCUUGACAUGGAGAAAUUAUACCUUUUCUCUUUCAACUUCAAAUGGUAUGAAUGAGGAAUGAUUCGUUUAUUUUGAAUUUGUGCCUGAACUUCCAUUUCUUUUAGAGCAAACUGGUGUACUGUGAAGCUCCAUGAUCUUGCAGCCUGCCUCUCGUCAUGUGGUCCCUUCACUAGAGAUGAUUAUUUAUCAAAAUAGGAUCGACCCUCAUUUUUUUUAAAUUGUUAAAUGUUCAAAAUGAUAUCUGACACAGAAAUAUGUGCAAACUCUCCAGUGUGGUGCUUUUGUAAUCUGGACUCUGCUCAUGAUGUGAAACUUCCUAGAAAUGUUUGGAUGAUUGAGGAAAUAGAUUGAUUUUAACCUUUCUUAUAUAUACAUAGCAUUUAUCUAAGAAGGUUGUGUUCUUAUUCCUGGACCCCUAAAUGAGAGCGAAGCAACUACAGACAUGAAUAUUUUAACUGCCUUUAAAUUGCCUGAUCACAACUUUUUAUCCCUAAAAUUUGUAAACUAUUUUUUUAUGUACUGUUGCUUGCAUCUUCACAUUCUAACCUUGGUGUGAACUAUGAAGUGGUGGAAUGAUGUGCAGGUUAUUUACUGGUCAGAUGAGGUGGCAAAGUCGCAGUUAACUGUUCCACUGCUUAGGGAAGAGUGUGGUGGGAAGACGUGGUCCAGUGAGCAGUCUGGCUGUCAGAGUGGUGGGAGAACAUUUGUUAACAUGGUAGUGUACGCAACAGCGCGUUGAAUAGCUUCACCCAUUGGCACACAAGCUUUCAACUGGACUGCAUCCAAGAUCUGAGACUCGGUCUCCUGAAUCUGACUUGGCAAUGGGACCACAGAGCUCCUGAUGUGGGCAGCCAGUGUUCCUUCUCCUUAUCAGUACUGGUUGAAGUUAAGUAGAGGUAUCUGGAGAUAAACCAAGAAGCAUGGAAUGUUAAAGUAGAUUCAGGUCAUCCCCAGGUUAUGGCAGUGUUCCAUUCCUGAGGACUGCUCAUAACCCAACAGAUUGUAAGGAAACAGGGCCUUGGCUGAGUUCCCAUGAUGUAGAAGAUGCCUGCAUCCUUGCAGCAGCUGGUAAAUCCAUCCCACAGGUCUUCCAAACACUUUCUUGUGUAUGUUAUGUACAUGGAGGUCCUGUAGAAUCAUAGAAACCUACAGCAUGGAAACAGGCCCUUCAGGUCAACGUCCAUACCAACCAAGAUGCCCCAUCAAUGAUAGUUCCACAUGUUGCAUUUGGCUCAUAUCUGUCUAAACCUUUCCUAUCCAUGCACCUAUCCAAAUGUAUUUUAAAUGUUGUUAUAGUACCUGCCUCAACUAACUCCUCUGGCAACUUGCUCCAUAUUCCCACUAAUACACCUACUAACUCCUAUGUGAAAAUGUAGUCUGAUAGUUUCUCAGCCCCCAACCUGACAUAAGGCGUGUACCUAAUCAAUGCGUGUCAGAGAUGAUUCCACAAUUGUGGGAUUUGUUCCUGAGGAUAUUUUACUUCAGGACUAUUCUAUUUGUAGCAGGCCCUCUUGAGGAGCUUCAAGGUGAACAUUAACCAUUCAAAGGCACAGUUUACACCUUGACCAUUCCUUGCUUUGAGGUAUUGCAGGGGGAGUCUUCUUUCACCGGUGGUAAAACCCUCUGAUGCCUCACAUUGUAAGGAGUGCUGUUGGUAACCUGGCAGCAAUGGCAUAAUAACGAUCAGACCUCAAGUUUCUUGACUUAGUUACAGAGCGCAAUGUUUAAUUUUAAAAUAUAGUUGCUGUUGUGCAUGGUGGGCCAGACGAGACACGUUCCACGGAAAGUGUGGAGACUCCUCUUGCUUGGAUGCUGGCUCAUAUCCAUUAACAUCAUUCAAUACAGGAACAGGCUGAAAUAAUAAGAUACUUUGAUUCCUUGCUCAGAGUACAAUAAACCCACUCUUGAAAACUUUCAAACACUGGUUAGGCCAAGCUUGGAGAAUUAGGCAGUUUUGGUCACGACAACAUGGGAAAGACAUGGUUGUACUGGAGAGGGUUCAGGGGAGAUUCACCAGGAUGUUGCCUGGAUCGGAGGGGGGCAGUUAUGGGAAGGGAUUGGAUAUGCCAGGUUUCUUUUCCCUGGAGCAAAGAAUGCAGAGGACUGACCUGGUAGAAAAAUACAAAAUUAUGAGUGCCAUAUACAGGGUAGAUAGGCAGAAUCUAUAUUCCCAUGGGCAGGGGUAUGUAAAAUAGAAUUGCAUAGAUUUAAGGUGCAAGAAAGGAGAUUUAAAAAGGGUUUGAGGGGAAGGUUUUUUAUGCAGUGGUUGAUAUAUGGAAUUCAUUGCCAAAGGAGGUGGUGGAACCAGAUACACUCAUUGCAUUGAAGAGAUAUUUAGAUGGGCACUUGAAUGUGCAAGGAUAUAUUGUUGGCAAAUGGGAUUAAAGUAGAUGGACAAAAGGUCAGCAUGGACGUGGUGGGUGGAAGGCCCCUUUUAUGUGCUGUACAACUGUAUGACUUGAGACUCUGUAAAAUUAAGGCACCGCUAGACUCCCUCAACCGCUGUUGUACUUGCAAUGAAUGAACUCCUACCAUCUGCUGCUAGACCAUCCCAGGACAUUGAUCCAAUAACAAAGGUGAAUUUGGUGAUAAACCUUCAAGUCAGGAUAGACUGUCUGAAGAAGGGUCCUGACCUGAAACAACAUCUAUCCAUUCCUUCCACAGAUACUGCUUGACCCAUUGAUUUACUUCAGAAUUUUGUGUUUUACUUCUUCCAAAGAGUUCAUUUAUAUGUUGCCUUCUCCAGCAGCAUCAUAUCUAGCAUUGGGCACUCACUGAUCUUGCUGCAUAUAACCAUAUACAUUUAAAACAGGCUAUUUCCUAGGUUAAGAAUACCUGUCUUUUACGGACGCUCAUAAAAAUGAUUGACAAUAGACCAUAGACAAUAGGUGCAGGAGGAGGCCAUUUGGCCCUUCGAGCCAGCACCGCCAUUCAAUGUGAUCAUGGCUGAUCAUCCCCAAUCAGUACCCCGUUCCUGCCUUCACCCCAUAUCCCCUGACUCAGCUAUUUUUAAGAGCCCUAUCUAGCUCUCUCUUGAAAGCAUCCAGAUAACCUGCCUCCACCGCCCUUUGAGGCAGAGAAUUCCACAGACUCACCACUCUCUGUGAGAAAAACUGUUUCCUCGUCUCCGUUCUAAAUGGCUUACUCCUUAUUCUUAAACUGUGGCCCCUGGUUCUGGAACAUGUUUCCUGCCUCUAUCAUGUCCAAGCCUUUAACAAUCUUAUAUGUUUCAAUCAGAUCUCCUCUCAUCGUUCUAAACUCCAGAGUGUACAAGCCCAGCUGCUCCAUUCUCUCAGCAUAUGACAGUCCCGCCAUCCCGGGAAUUAACCUUGUAAACCUACGCUGCACUCUCUCAAUAGCAAGAAUGUCCUUCCUCAAAUUAGGGGACCAAAACUGCACACAAUACUCCAGGUGUGGUCUCACUAGGGCUCUGUACAACUGCAGAAGGACCUCUUUGCUACUAUAUUCGAUUCCUCUUGUUAUAAAGGCCAACAUGCCAUUCGCUAUCUUCACUGCCUGCUGUACUUGCAUGCUUACUUUCAUAGACUGAUGUACAAGGACCCCCAGAUCCCGUUGUACUUCCCCUUUUCCAAACUUGACGGCAUUUAGAUAGUAAUCUGCCUUGCUGUUUUUGCUACCAUAGUGGAUAACCGCACAUUUAUCCGCAUGAAUUCCCAUAUUAUUAGAUUCAAAAGUCAGCAUAGGUAUAUAUGUUCAUUCCAACAGAUGUCAGAAAUGGUUUUCUCUCUCCCCACUUUUCAUAAUCAUCUUUUUUAUCACUUAUCUGCUUUUAAUGCCAUUGAUUGCAAUGCAGUGGAGGUGUGAUUACCAUAUUGAAUGAUAUUUGUGUUUUUUCUGACAUUGACAAAAUAGUCUUCUGGGCCCUUAUGAAAACGGAACCAGUUCAUUACCCAAGGAUGGCCUGUGUAAAUAACUUAAGAGAAACACCAGAGUUUAUAAAAGCCAUACUCUGUUGCCACAUUAGAUUUUUUUGUAUGGAUUACUAAUAAGCCAGGACAUGAAGAUGGUUGCAUACAGAACUCAAGAGUGUUUUAUGUUCAACCUACAGAAAGCACAAAAUAGAAGUGGAUAUGUUAAAAACCAAGUGGAAGGUAUCUAGAAAUUUCACAACGUUAAAUAUUCUCUGUAGAGAAAAGGCUAAAAAGGAAACCGGUGUUGAAAAUUGUGAGUGGGUGCGAUAAAUGGUGUAGCGGGAAAUUGACCCCCCUGGUUGGAGUGCAGGUAAGCAGAGUACACAAACCUAAAACAAUUGGCAGAACGGAGAGGACAAAGAUUUGGUUUGUGCUUAUGCACUGUUAGUGGUGAUCUGGGGCACAUUGGCUGAAAGGAAAGGGAUAAUAGUUAUCAAAGGGAAUUGGAUAAAUAAUUGUAGGAGAUUUGCAGGGCUUUGAGUCGGUGGCGGGGGUCGGUUGAUUUAGAAGAUGAAUGAGUCUUAACUAAGCUCUCAAAGAUCUGAUUUGGGUUUGAUGGGCUGAAUGGCCUCUUGGUGCUGUAACCCCUUGGGAUCUCACUAUUUAAUCCACUGGUACAUUGUAGAAAACAAGUUAUUUAUUUUAUAUAAUAUAUAUUUAAAUAUUACAGAAUUAAUGUAUGAAUAAAGAUAAAUGAAAUCUUACCAUGUUGGUUAUCGAUGCUGUGGUCGUUCUCAUUAUAAUUAUUGGGGCAUAACCAUGUGAUAACUCUUUUGAAACUUGGAAUUUAGCCCAGACAUCCCGUUUGUCUCAGUAUAUUCAAUAAUUGAUUUGCUUCUCAACUACAAUAAAAUCAUUAAUGGCUACAU